AUGUAUUUGAUGAUAUCGAUUUAUGCUGGUAUGACUCACAAGGACUUUAUUGGCAUUCUUGAGCAAUUCACACAAGAGAAGUGUCAGAAAGUUUACUAUUGUCAGCCGGAUUUAGAAAUCCCAGAAGGUUUAACAUUGAUUUCUAAUGAUCUUCAAUAUCAAGAGUUUAUAAACGUUGCGUAUAGGUGUCGAGUACGACUACCUAUGUACAUGGACCAUUUUGGUACUCAUCUGCAGGCAUUCUGUGAUGUAGUAAGUAAAGAAAAUGACAUUGAAGACAGUUGUUCUGUCAUGUCAAACAUGUCAAUGGAAAUAGAAAAAAUGACAUUGACCUAA